AUGGACUCGGCCUGGGGAAGCCAGUCCUCUGAAGCGAUGCCCUUGGCAGGUAUCAGUGGACCCCUGGGAACAGCAGCUCUGCAUCAUAUGAAAGAGGAACUGGAGAGAGGGCUAGCCCAGCUCUGGGAAGUCCAGCUGCAAGAGUUCCUGAAGACAGUGGAGGUUCCUCAGACGGGGUGCGGUGUCCCCCAGUUGCCAGAAGAGAGCACCCCCUGGGACGAUGCCAAGGCCUUUCUGGCUUCCUUCGAGCAAGUGGCCAAAGCCUGUCAGUGGCCCAAGGAAGAGUGGGCGGCUCGACUUCAGCCAGCCCUCGGGGGAGAAGCCAAACACACCUUUCUCAGAAUGGAUGCCGGUGACAGAGGGGAUUAUGGGAAAGUGAAGUCAGCCAUCUUGCAAGGGGAUGCCAUGAACCGGGAGAAGAUCCGCCAACACUUCCGGCAGUUCUGCUACCAGGAGGCCGAGGGGCCGAGAGGGACAUACAGCCAGCUCCAGGAACUUUGCCACGGGUGGCUGAAGGUCGAGAAGCACUCCAAGGAGCAGAUCCUGGAGCUGCUUGUUUUGGAGCAAUUCCUGACUGUCCUGCCGGGGGAGAUGCAGAACUUCGUUAGGCGAAAUUGCCCUGAAACCUGCACACAGGCGGUGACCCUGGCUGAAGAUUUCCUGCUUGGGCAGUUGGAGUCUGAGGCAUGGAUACAGCAGAUGGCGGAACCACUGGCAGAGCCACUGACAGAGAAUGUUCAGCAGCCGGAGCUGAUUCCCUUGUUCACUGUGCAGGAUCAAUCGCAGCCUUCCACGGAAGUCACGUGGGAACAACAUCCCCCUCCAUUGGAUCACGGGAAACUGAGAGGGAACCAGGAAGAGCAUCCCCAAGAAAUUAUUAAACGGGCAGAACCACAAGGGAUAGCCCCGGAACAAGCCAACGACCACAGUCUCCGGUGCAAUAAGAACGGAGAAAUUCUAGAGAAUCAGCACAUACUAGAAAGGAAGCAGGUAACCCACCCAGUUGAAGGAGGAAAUAAACCUGUUCCAUGCAAACAGGACGACAGGAAAUCCAAUGUAGCUGCACCGCAACAAGGGCUCAGCAAGGGCACGAGAGGAAACACAUGUGCUGUGUGUGGGAAGAGCUUCAGACGUAACUUCCUGCUCGUCUCGCACAAGAGAACCCACACCGGGGAGAGACCGUACAGAUGCUCCCACUGUGGAAAAAGCUUCAUUUGCUCCCAGUACCUUAGAAAGCACCAGAAGAUUCACACCGGCAAGAAGCCCCAUAAGUGCGUCAAAUGUGAGAAAGCUUUCUAUGAAAGAUCAAGCCUCAGAAGGCACCAGCGAUUCCACACGAGAGAGAAACCCUAUCAGUGCCCGGAUUGCGGUGAAAGCUUUGUCUGGAGCAACUCUCUAGCUGUGCACAGAAAGAUCCAUGUCGAAGGGAAGACGUCGGUCAUCCUUCCUUGUGAGAAACAGCAGGGAAAAGGGAUGAUAUGUAUCUGUUGUGAGUGCGGGGAAAGUUUCAGCAACACGUCAGAUCUUGAUAGCCAUCAGUGUGGAUUCUCUGCAAAGAAGGGCUUCUGUUGUUUGGUAUGUGGGAAAAGAUUCUGCGACAAGGCACGCUUGAAAAGACAUCAGCCCCUCCACACGGGGGAGAAACCCUACAAAUGCCCAGACUGUGGGGAAAGGUUCAUGUGGAGUUCCUCAUUUUCUCGGCACAGAAAGAUCCACAUAGGAGCAAAAAGAGCUUCCCAAAGCCCCUGUAGGCAGGGAGAAAACUACAGAUGCUCAAAGUGUGGGGAAAUCCUGAGCGCACAGGAAUGGAAUCGACAUCAAUGUAUCAACUCAGCGGAUCCACUGAGACCCUAUAAAUGUCCUGAAUGUGGGGAGGUUUUCCGGUGGAAAUCAUCUCUUGAAAGGCAUAGAAAGAACCAUAAGAGAGAGAAAUUGACCCCAGUUCUACAAAACACGACCAAUGCAUCCAUGGUAUACCUAAGAAGAAUUUCUGCAAGUGAGCAGCCUCAUAAAUGCUUGAAGUGUGGAAAAUCUUUCUAUGACAAGUCACGCCUCAAGAGGCAUCAGCUCGUCCACACCAAAGAGAAACCCUACAAAUGCACCGAGUGUGGGCAAAGCUUCAGGUGGAAGUCGUCCCUCAAAGUACAUGCGAAGAACCAUGCCACGAAGAGGUUCCACACAUGCCCGGAAUGUGGGAAAACGUUCCAAAGACCGUCACAUGUUGUGAAACAUCAGAAAUGCCACACAAAAGAGAGUGCAGAAACGCUCACGGAGUGA